AUGGGCAUCUCAGACCCUGCGGCGUGGAAUUUUGACAUCGACCGAUGGCUCAAUCCUCUAGUCCCCUCGCCGCCAUGGCGGUGGCUACCCUAUCCAGUGUCCUACCUUCUGGGACACAGGAGGACACCACAGAGGCCGAUUGGGAGCCUCAUCAUUGCCGCCUGGGCGUUUGUGGGCAUAUUCGUCGGUCUCAUUGUGAUUGAACUCGUCUCGAGGCAGGUGGCCGUCUUCCAGGAUCACAAGGCUCCCAUCAUCAUCGCUAGUUUCGGUGCUGCUUCAGUGCUGAACUUUUAUGCCAUCGAGUCUCCCCUGGCCCAGCCGAGAAACUCAGUGCUCGGGCAAGUGAUUUCCAGCAUCAUCGGCGUAGCCAUAUGCAAGCUCUUCGCGCUGAGCCCGCAUUUUGAAUCCAUCCGCUGGCUGGGUGGUGCAUUAGCCUGUGCUCUAGCAACGGUGCUGAUGGCUCUCACUAAAACGGUGCAUCCACCUGCAGGUGCAACGGCCUUGCUAGCUGUCGUCAGCGACGAUUCGCUUGUGCUGGGAUGGUGGCUGGUCCCCUUGAUUCUGCUGGGAGCCGUCCUCAUGACGGUCGUCGCCAUGGUCAUCAACAACAUCCAGCGCACGUUCCCGCAGUACUGGUGGACGCCCGAAGACCUCUCCAAAACGAAGCCAGUAACGGACUCGGACAGCGCGUUGAACGCCGACGUCGAAGGCCAGCUGUCCAAAUCGUCUUUGGCCCAGGUUGAAGGCUCGGUGGACCAAGAGCAAGUGGUCAUCACGAGGGGGCGUGUGGUAGUGCCCGACCAGCUGUACUUGACCCCGGAGGAGAAGACUUUUCUGGUCGAGCUCAGCGACCGGCUGUGA